AGCAGCAACAUUUCACGAAUUCCCGCCAGUUGCCGCUCGCGAGCUGCUUCACGAACAGAUAAACACUCAACCUGUAAAAUAACUUUAUAAGUCAGGAUCUCAAGGUUUUGGUCAUUUUCCGGUCGAAGUUCUUGGACAGGACUUAUUUAUAUUUUUUAUACCAUCACUGUUACUCUUCAAGGUUGCUGAAAGGUCAGAGAAGAAGUGAAAAGGUUACUUUAUAGUUUGUCAAAUUGGCGCUAUGAAGGCUAAUGCUAGUUAAUUUAACUUUACCAUCACUGAGCAAAUAAACUUCAUUUUACCUUCAAAGAUUUUCCAUAAAUACAUUGAAAAUGAAAUCUUCUGAGGAUCAGGUUGUUGAAGUAAAUGGUUUCCAAGAUGAUGAGGAAUCCUUUUUCCAAGACAUUGACCUCCUACAGAAACACGGAAUUAAUGUGGCGGACAUCAAGAAGAUGAAGUCUGUGGGUAUCUGCACUGUGAAGGGUAUCCAGAUGACUACUCGCAAAGCCCUGUGCAACAUCAAGGGCCUGUCUGAGGCAAAAGUGGAAAAAAUCAAGGAAGCAGCUGGGAAAAUGCUGAAUGUUGGUUUCCAGACCGCCUUUGAGUACAGUGCGAGGAGGAAGCAGGUGUUUCACAUCACAACUGGCAGCCAAGAGUUUGAUAAACUUUUGGGGGGAGGUAUGGAGAGUAUGGCGAUCACAGAGGCCUUUGGAGAGUUUCGCACAGGGAAAACACAGCUGUCUCACACUCUCUGUGUCACUGCUCAGCUGCCGGGAGAGGACGGCUACUCAGGAGGGAAAAUAAUCUUCAUCGACACAGAGCACACCUUCCGUCCAGACCGACUGAGAGACAUUGCUGACCGGUUCAAUGUUGACCACGAUGCUGUGCUUGACAACGUGCUUUACGCCCGCGCCUACACCAGCGAACACCAGAUGGAGCUAUUGGACUUUGUAGCAGCUAAAUUCCAUGAAGAAGGAGGAAUGUUUAAGUUGUUGAUCAUCGACUCCAUCAUGGCUCUUUUCCGAGUGGACUUUUCUGGCCGAGGAGAGCUCGCCGAGCGGCAGCAGAAACUGGCUCAGAUGCUCUCCAGACUUCAGAAGAUCUCCGAAGAGUACAAUGUGGCCGUGUUUGUCACCAACCAAAUGACAGCAGACCCCGGGGCAGGAAUGACGUUUCAAGCUGAUCCCAAGAAGCCGAUUGGUGGCCAUAUUUUAGCCCACGCCUCCACCACUCGAAUCAGCUUGAGGAAGGGACGUGGAGAGAUGAGAAUAGCCAAGAUAUUUGACAGUCCCGACAUGCCUGAGAACGAGGCCACUUUUUCCAUCACCCCUGGAGGAGUUGCUGACGCCAAAGAGUAACCGAAAAAGGGAGAAAGACCCCUAUGUAAUCACUGUUCAUGGUUCCGGGCUAUUUAAAGUAAUUUAUAACAAUUUAAAGGACUUAUUUAUUCGUUUUUUUUAUAACUUAUAACCUUUUAAGUUAUCGUGU